AAGCCGAAAAAAGCUGAAAAAGUGGAUAUUUUGACGUAAACAAGCUGAACAGUGAAGAUUUUUGACGUAAACAAGCCGAAUAGUGAAGAUUUUUGACGUAAACAAGGUGAAUAGUGAAGAUUUUUGACGUAAACAAGCUGAAUAGUGAAGAUUUUGACGAAAGCAAGGUGUAAACUAAAGGAAAAAUGUUAAUAAAAGGAAAAAAUUAAUGAAGACCUUGUACAUUUUGACGUAAACAAAUCGAAAAUAAGAGAGAAAAAAAUUGAAACUGAAAAAAAGAAGGAAAUUUUCACGUGAGCAAAAAUUUCGAAAAAAAAGAGAAAAAAUGAAAAUAAAUAAAUAAAUAAAAAAAUAGAAAAAAUGACCAACUUUUUCAUGUGAACGAACUGAAAACAACAACAAGAAUGUAAACAAACGAAAUUAAAAGAACAAUAUUGACAUUUUGGCGUCAGCAACUUAAAAAAAUAACUGUAAACAACAAGAAGAAUGUAAACAAACGAAAUUAAAAGAACAAUAUUGACAUUUUGACGUCAGCAACUUAAAAAAAUAACUGUAAACAACAACAAGAAUGUAAACAAACGAAAUUAAAAGAACAGUAUUGAUAUUUUGACGUCAGCAACUUAAACAAUUAUGCAAAAAUGUAAACAAGACUGGAAAUUAAGUAAAAAAGUGUAAAUUUUCACUUAAACUGGAAACAAGCUAAAAAGAAAAAAAAAGACGAAGAUUAAUGAAAACAAGGGAUAUUUUGACGUGAAAACAAGUGAAAAAACGAAAAAUUAAGAAAACAGUAAACAUUCUGACGUAAACAAACUGAAAACAAGUGAAAAAACGAAAAAUUAAGAAAACAGUAAACAUUCUGACGUAAACAAACUGAAAACAAGUGAAAGAAAACGAAAAAUUAAGAAAAAACUAUAAAUUUUGACGUAAACUGAAAACAAAUGAAAGAAAACGAAAAAUUAAGAAAAAAACUAUAAAUUUUGACGUAAACAAACUGAAAACAAGUGAAAGAAAACGAAAAAUUAAGAAAAAACUAUAAAUUUUGACGUAAACUGAAAACAAAUGAAAGAAAACGAAAAAAUUAAGAAAAAAAACUAUAAAUUUUGACGUAAACAAACUGAAAACAAGUGAAAGAAAACGAAAAAUUAGGAAAACACUAAAAAAAUUGACAAAAACUGAAAACGACUGGGAAAAAAAUAUAAACAGAAAUUAAUUAGAGAAAAAAGUUGAUAUUUUAACGUAAACAAGGCGAAAAAUUGUAAACAAACGAAAAUAAACAAGAAAACAUUGAAGUGGACGUGAAGAACUGAACGAGAGAGAGAGAGAGAGAGAGAGAGAGAGAGAGAGAGAGAGAGAGAGAGAGAGAGAGAGAGAGUUGAAGUCUCCAUCAUCUUCAUUUUCUCUAACAUGAAGGAAUAUCAGGAGGUGUGGCUGGACCUGGAGUCAGUGCUGCUGGCGGACGACCUCCACGACUACCCCCCCCACCACCCCCGCCCCCCCGCAGCCCCCCCGCAGCCCACAGCCACCGCCCCCCACGGCUUCUUCCUGGAGGCGGGGGAGGGGGCCCGCUCACUGUCUUGGGGGGCGAGGCGGACCCACCCCACCACCUCCUGCCCCCCCUGCCCCCCGCCGCCCCCCGAGGCUGCCCCGGGGUGCCCACUGCCCGGGGUGCCCCCUCCUGGGCCGCUGCCCCCCACGCCGCCCCACCACGACCCCCUGUACGCCUCCCCGCCCCAGCAUUACGAGCCUCCCGCCUGCAGGCUGGGGGGCGGGGUGGUCUCAAGCGCGGGUACCCUGAGGGCGCGGCGCCCCCAGCUAAGAUGGCCUGCGUGGCGGGCUACAGGAGAGGCGACGCCUGCCCCGCCCCCGCCCCGCCGCCACCCCUGCAGUACAUGGGCGUCCCCCACGCCGGGGCCUACCAGCCCCCACACCCCAUGCACGCCCCCCACCAGUACCCGCUGCCCCCCACGCCGCCGCAGUACCCGGGGGCGCCGCACCCACAGCCGCCGCAGGAAUACACCGCAGCCUGGCCGCCCCCCGCCCCGCCCUUCCCGCAGUAUCCCGUGUGUGUGGAGGCGGGGGCGCAGGCCGCUGCAGGCGGUGGCCCCGGCAUGCUGUGUGGGGCGCCGCUCCCCGUGGCGAGCGGCAGCGGCGCCAGUGGCGGGGCAGCAGGCGGCGGCGGCGGCGCGGCGGGUGUCGCCAGGCCGCGGCGGCGCCGCAGCCGCCGCAAGCUGGUGGUGCACAGCUGCCCCUUCGAGGCGUGUCUCAAGACAUACAUCAAGUCCUCCCACCUGAAGGCGCACCUGCGCACGCACACGGGAGAGAAGCCGUACACGUGCCGGUGGCGCGGGUGUGGGUGGCGGUUCGCGCGCUCCGACGAGCUGACGCGCCACUACCGCAAGCACACCGGCGACCGCCCCUUCCAGUGCAGGCUGUGCGACCGCGCCUUCUCGCGCUCUGACCACCUCAGCCUCCACAUGAAGCGACACUCCGCGGCGGCGGCGGCGGCGGCGGCGGCGCCGGCACACCCUGCCCUGCCCUAGCGGCGUGCACCACCACCACCACCACCACCACCUGGCCUUCCAGUGCAGGCUGAGCGAGACAGGAGAGGGAGCGUGUGCACAGGGAGGGAGGACCAGGCACUGACGGAAACAACACACACACACACACACACACACACACACACACACACACACACACACACACACACACACACAAAGUGAACAUUAAAUUUUCAUGAAAAUUGAGACAACAAAAAGAAGAAGAAGAAGAAGAAGAAGAAGAAGAAGAAGAAGAAGAAGAAGAAGAAGAAGAGGAGGAGGAGGAGGAGGAGGAGGAAGAAAUGAAGGAAAGGAA